AUUUUAAAUAAGCCGCACAGAGGCUACCAGAAAAUAUGUUCGAGAUGUUUGCGCUGCCGACCAAGAUACUAUGCUCUUAUAAUGACUUGUAUUUUUUACCGCAAGGUCAUGUGGUUGAAUAACGCCUGUAUGGCUGCUGUAUGGCUUUUCCCGGCUGUUACUGCUCUGCAUGCAAUUAUCAUAGCUUCUGUACAUGUAAAUGGUGCUGUAGAUAUGGACAUCUACGGAUCUUUCCAAAUAUGUUUAACGGGAGUCUUGAGCGCCCCGGUAACGUUCAGGCUGUCCCGGAUAUUCUAUAAUCGUAGUCCUGGUCGGAAUACCAUCUUGUUAUGGACUGCUCUUGUUCUUGGCGGAAUUCUAAGCCUACUAGUUGAAUUCCUCCGCGCCCAAUUCUCCCCCUGCGCACAAACCGACUCCGAACCCCCCAUUUCCCCAGACCCCUCAAAAUUCCCCUACAACACCACCUGCAACCUCACCUGCUCCGUACAAGACGGCCCAUUCUCCCCCCUACGAGAAGGCUCCGGAAACAACAUCUAUGUCAUCCCUGCUCCCAACAAACUUACUUUCGGCACAGCCACGCUCUUUGCAGCUGCUGGCUGCGUCCAGGUCAUCUUAUCGCUUAUGUCUAUGUGGAGAAGCACGCUGGAGUUGAAUUGGCAGGAACGCUUUGGUGGGAAAGAGGAGGAGGUUGAGGGCGCGCGUGUGGAUGAGAGUACGGGGGAGAUCGAUAAAUACACUAAGAUAUUUCUAAGGGCGAUUUCUCUGCCGCUUUUUAUUGCGGCGCUGCUGGCGGUUAUCGAGAAAUUGCAGCCACAACGAAGUGGAAGAAGUUCCACCUUCACCGGCCUAGAUAUCUCAAUAGCAUACCACACACAGCAUCGGAGAUAAAAUACAUCAUAUCAUAUAAUACGUAUCCUAUCUACAACAAUCUCCA